AUGCAAAUGAAUCCUCCUCCGAAUAUUGUUGACCAAACAGUGAUUCUUCCACUGGACAUGAUUUUUCACAUCAUGACAUUUAUUGAUCAUUUGCAAAUUAUCAAACGAUUUUCACUUGUUUCCAAGGAUUGGAGACAAGCAGCAAGUAGAUUUGCAUUGAAUCUUGAUUUUUCUAUUCACAAAAUUCAUCCACACAAGUUGAAUUUAUUUUUCAAUUCGAAUGCCAAUGAUGAAGAAUUCACAGAGACAAUGGAAGAUGAUUUUGAAGUGAAUUGGAGAAGGAAUAUUACUAGUUUGAAUGUUUCGUUCAAUUAUAUUGGAAAUAAGGGAGUGAAAUUACUUGCAAAUUGUGCCGAUUUUGGUCAAUUGCAACAUUUGAAUUUGAGAAGUAAUGGAAUUAAUUUUGAAGGAAUUAAUGCUCUUUCAAAGAGUGAAUUUAUCAAGAAUUUGAAAAGUUUGAAUUUGAGAUUUAAUAAUUUGGGAAAGGAAAGUUUUGAAGUUUUAACAGAAAGUGAAAAUUUCAAAAAUUUAACAGAACUCAAUUUGUACAAUUCCACAAAUGCAUCUAGUAAUCGUCCUAGACGUGCGUUCAUGAUGGAGUAUAGAACAAAUGACGAAUCUUAUCAGAAAUUGGUAAAAAGCCCCUAUUUAAAAAAUUUGAAAAGUUUGAAUUUGAGAUAUUGUGAUAUUGGAAAUGCAUUCGCAAUAGAGCUUUCGAAUAAUAUUGAAAUGAGGAAUUUAACAACACUCAAUCUGCAGCAUAACUAUAUCGGAGAUGAAGGCCUUAGACAUUUAUCCACGAGCACACAUUUGUCAAAUUUAACAAAUUUAAACUUGCAAUUUAAUUGUAUCUCUGUGGAAGGAUCUUUACACAUUGCAAAUAGUCCAGUAUUUUCAAAAUUGAGAAUAUUGAAUUUAUAUGAUAAUGGAGUAAAUGCGCAAAUAUUUGCAAGUCCAUAUUUGGGUAAUUUGGAAAUUUUAAAUGUGGGAUGUUCUGGAAUAGGUUCAGAGAAACUCAAAAUUCUCACUGAGAAGCCUUGUUAUUUAACUAAUUUGAAAGUACUGGAUCUGUGUCAUAACAAUUUGGACGAUGAAUGUUUGGGAUAUAUUGCUAAUUGUCCAACUUUUGCAUCUCUGACCUAUUUGGAGGUGUAUCCAACUGCUGAAUGGAUCUCAUUGAAUUUAAAUAUUCUAUUCGAAAGCCCAUUCCUCAAGUUAACCAAUCUCACCAAGAGGAACAGAUUGUACGUUAGAUUGCCAGAUAUGAGCUCUAAAUUAAUUCCGCAACCAACCAUGUCAAAUUUAACAAGUAUUUGUUUCUCCUGUAAUUUCGAAUUGAUAAAGGAUGUCAUUGAGAGUCCAUACCUUCACAAUUUGAAACAAUUAGGUUUAGGAGAACUUUUUACUUGGUAUUCUCAAGAAAAUAAUAUGGACCUAAAUGGAAGAAUCACCUCAAUUACAAGAAAUCCAGCAUUUUUAAAUUUGACUCGGUUGAAUAUUUCAUUUUGCAAUUUGAAUGAUCAGGAUUUUAUUGAAAUUUUAACUAGUCCGUAUUUAGUUAAUUUGACAUCAUUGAAUGUUAGCAAUAACAAAAUUGGAGAUAAGGGAAUGAAAGGAUUCGAAUCAUCUGCAUUGACUACCAAAUUGAAAAUCUUACAUUUAUCUAAUAAUCAAAUAACAGAUGAAGGAAUUCAAUAUUUGGCUUCUUCCCAACCAGUCAAUUUAAUUGCAUUAUCACUUUCAGAAAACACAUCUCUCACCGAUACUUCAUUGAAAUUAAUUUCACAAAUUGGAUGCGUUUUGACAAGUCUCAGAUGUUAUAAAAUCAAUCAAAUAACUGAUGAAGGAAUUGGAUACAUUGCAACUAGUCAAUUCAUGCAAGAAUUACAAUCAUUUACUGUGGAUGGAUCUAAUAUUUCCAAAUCUGGAGCCAUUUCAGUCUUGUUAAAUUUGAAAUUAUUGCUCAGAUCUCAAAAAACAUUUUUCAGAAAUGUCAUUGAAAAGAGAGUUCCCAAAAAGAAGUGCCCUUCACUUGUCAAAUUGGGCAGUAACAUGCUCUUAAUUGAAUUUUCUUUGAUUGGAAGUGGAAGUAAUGAUUUUGUAGUGGUUGGUGUAUGUUGUGUAGUGUCAUGUCUCUUGAAUCCAAUCUCCGCAGCCUUGAAUAUUGGACUUUCGAAUAGCAAUUUAAAAAAUUCUUUCGAAACAAGAAAACAAGCAGCAGUAAAAGGUUCCAUUCUCGCCACAACUUUCACAUCCAAACAAAAUGAUACCAUCUCUUUCCUCUCCACAAUUGAUGGAAACUUGACUCGUUCCUCCACUGAAUACGGUUCCUACAUUGAAAUGUAUGAUAACAUUGCCUAUAAUCCACUUUCUCAUCAUGCCUACAUGUAUGGAGUUUCAGAUGGAAUGAAUACUCUCGAUGUGUGGAAUGUCGAUGAUUUGACAAUGUUGCAUGAGAUUGUUUUGGAGGGAAAUGAUGCACCAAUGGAUAUUCAAUAUGAUUUGAGUUUUCCUGGUAAAUUGGUUUCACUUUCAGGUGAAGGUUCGAGAUUUGCUAUUGUGACCUAUGACUUGAAGAGUGGUAAUAAGAGUGUUUUGAUUUAUUUGGAUGGAAUUGAGGGAAUUGAAGGAAAUUCAAAUGCCUAUGACUCUAUCAAUCACAAGUAUUAUGUUUCAGUUUCGAAUAGAAAUGGAUCUAAUCAAUAUUAUGUCUAUAAUGUAAUGCAAAGAAAUUUGGAAGCAAAAAUUAAUGUUCCAUCAUCUUUGGAUAAUGCUCAAUUUGAUAGAUUUGGAAAUAGACUUGUAGGAACUGUCAAUGAAGUAUUUACAAUUCUUGAUUUGAAAACUGGCAAGAUGACAACCACAAAUUUGGAUCUUUCAAAGAUUGGUUUUAGACAAUUAGGAGCUGUUGCAAUUGAUUCUCAAUUUUAUUAUGUUUUCUAUGAAAAUCAUCAAGCUCAAUCUUUCUUUGUAAAGAUUAAUCUUGAAACUUUGACCUACCAAGUUUCUAAUGCUUAUAAUUUGGUUGGAACUAUGCUAUUCAUUCCUGGCAAAUAA